AUGGCAUCCGCAAACACAAAAGCGGCCCCGGCGGCUCUGGCUCUUCCCCCAAACGUAUCAAUAUUCACGCCAAAAGAUGCAAGCGCGACAACUAAUCUUCUGAACGGCAAGGUCUUUACCCGCCUUACCAUCACGGACAAGACACAACCGGCACAAAUCUCGGCGGCGCUGAAGACGGCAAAAACCAGCGAAACCUUUUGCCUCACUCACCAGAAUGUCAUCUUGAUUUUUGAUCAGGAUCAAGAUACCCACCAUGAGCAUUUCCGGGUCGUGUGCUUGGCUCUGAGAGAUGCGGACAUCGGAUUGAGCGUUUCUGGAUGCAUUCACGACGCCCCGGAGGUCUUGCAGGCUGGAUUUCAACUGGACACGCUAAACUCGGGCUCAAUCUUGGUCAUUGAUUUGAUGCAUGACGACGAUGACGACGAUGACGACGAUGACGACGAUGAUGAUUCGGACGAUGAAGAGGCCAGCCUUGCUGCCUUGAUAAAUGGAGAGUCUGGGGCGACGACGCCUUGA